UCAAUUUCAAUUUGACGUUCCAGUUUGACAUUUUGCUUUUAGGUUAUAUUCCAAUUGUUUUCCAUUUUCGUAAAUAAAAACCAUCGCAAAUUGCAAUGUUGCGGCGAUUUACCUCUUCUAUUAUACAGAGCCGCGGCAUCAAACACCAAGUUAAUAUAAAAUGGGUAAGACCCGAAUACAAACCGUCUUACGAUCCAGAGAAAUCAGGUGACCUGGAGGGAGUACCGCAGAUUUCUAAGUCCUCAUUAGGCCAGGAUUACGCUCUGAGUGAGGAAAUGAAAAAUGCCUCCGAAGCAGUUCAGAAGUUGUUCUCUGUAGCAUUCCUUGGGCAGAAAGAAUACCACACGUUAGUAAGGAAGGAACUCAUGGACCGUGUGAAGAGACACCAGUAUGAUGAGUGCACAGCUGAGACUAGGAUUGCCAGACUAACUGGACAAAUUCGCUAUCUUCAAGAAUAUAUGGAAAAGUAUCCACGGAAUAAUAAAAUGAAGAAAGUGGUCCAAGAAAUUAUCGAUAAAAGGAAAAAACUGCUAAAAUAUUUACGUCAAUACGACUACAAAAAAUUUGAGUGGCUACUGGAGAAACUGAAUAUUGAAUAUAAAGCGCAUCCUGAUUCUUACCACAAAUUGUCACGAAAGGAGUCUCUCCGUAAACUAACAGAGAUGCAUUGCGAAGAUAUUCGUAACAAGAAAUUGGCGGACUACAGGAAUCUUCUAGAAAGCCAGCAAGGACCGUUUUUAAAGCAGAAACUUGAGGCACUAAAGUUUAUUAGGAGUGAGCAAAUUGAACUCCAGAUACCAAUUAGUGUAACUGAACAAGAUAUUAAGAAAGUCGAAGAGCAGUUAGAAGAGUGGACCAUACGUGAGGGUAUUAAGCAAGAAGCCAAGAGGAAGAGAAGGAAUCUUAUUCUGAAUGUAGAUUAAAUAUUAUUGUAACUAAUAUAGUGUGGUAGAAA